CGCCGGCCGCUUCUGCUUUGGGCGCAGGCGCCGCAGCUCGCACGGCCGCGGGGCUCCGGGGCGCCACCAUGGUGCUGGAGAGUGUGGCCCGCAUCGUGAAGGUGCAGCUCCCCGCGUAUCUCAAGCGGCUCCCAAUUCCCGAGAGCGUCACCGGGUUCGCCCGGCUCACAGUUGCAGAAUGGCUCAGGCUGUUGCCUGUCCUCGGAGUGCUUGCUCUACUUGGCUACCUUGCAGUUCGUCCAUUCCUCCUGAAGAAGAAACAACAGAAGGAUAGCUUGAUUAAUCUUAAAAUACAAAAGGAAAAUCCCAAAGUGGUGAAUGAGAUAAACAUUGAAGAUUUGUGUCUUACUAAAGCCGCUUACUGUAGGUGUUGGCGUUCUAAGACGUUUCCUGCCUGUGAUGGCUCACAUAAUAAACACAAUGAAUUGACAGGAGAUAAUGUGGGCCCACUAAUACUGAAGAAGAAAGAAGUAUAAUAGUAAUGAAUUAGGACUGAAUUGAGUUGUGUGCUGUAAAAUCUUAUAACAAUAUUUUUUCAUUUUUUUGUGUAUAGAGCUUUCAAAUGGUGGUCUUAAUUAUUGCUACAGGUUGAAUAAUUAUUUCUGCCAAUUUAUUUUCUUGCUACACUAGUGUUUAUAUUUGAUACUUUGUACAUUCAUUUAUAUAGAUGUUAAAUUGUACAAUCCAUUCUGACUUCAAAGAAUUAAUGUAUCUUCCUACAAUAAAAUCAACACUUCUGAUUUUAAUUAAUUGAAAAAAAUCUUAAGCUUUUGGCAGUGGGUCCAAAGCUAUUUCUUUGAAUGUCAUAUCAUAUUGUCAACAGAGUCUGUACUUCAAAAAUUUUCUCCCUACACUACUAAAUAUAUUAUUUUUCAGUUCUCUUCUGUUUUGUACAUUUAAAGUGAUAUUUCCCCUUUUGGCUUUCCACACUCCAUUCUUUUUAAAUCAAUAAGGAAAAUAUUGCUCUUAAGAAUUACAUGUUUUCAAAGAGAUAAACUUUUUAUAGAGAGUUUUGUCUAUUUGAUACGAGUAUCCCAAUUUCAGAAGAGAUGUGAACUGGAUAUAAAAAGUUCCAACAAUGAAUAGUUAUUUACAUUUUUAAAGAUUACUUUACCAAAGGCUUGUUGUGUCUGUUUAUGUGUGUGCGGUGAGUAUGUAUCUUGGGCUAUUUGACUCAGUGACAUGGUCAGUAGGAUGAGUGGCAGGAACAUUUACAGCUGAGCUCAUGAGCUGCUGCAAUUUGAAGGCCAAUUCGAAAUGAACAAGUAUAUCUGAACUUGUUGGCAAAUAGCUCAGUAUUCAAAAUUAUGUAUAUUUUUCUCUUUAUAAUAGUGUAAACCAGUAAAACAUAAAAUACAAAAUGUUUACAGAGUAAACUUAAUGGGGAAUCUUUAAAACUUUUGUAAUUUUUAUGAGCUAUUUAGUUUCAUUGUAUAUUACAAUUCUUAUAUUAAUAGCUAUCUUUAAGUCUGUUAAAGGUACAAUCAAGUCAGCUCACUAUGCCUUUUUAUAUAUGAAAAUGGUAAGGAAGCAGAAUAUUUAAUUUUUCUUCCAAUAAUAAAGCUAAUAGUUAACACAUGUCCCAGACACUGCACGAGGUGUGGGACCUGGAUUUGUAAUUUAUUACAUGUAAUGUCGGGUUCUAUUGUGUGAUCAGCAGCAGGAAUUUUAAAGUUAGGGUUAGAAGUGUUGUGGUUGUUUUGAGAGGUUUUACAAAGUGUGUGUCCACAAGAGUUGCUCUUUCCUCUCACCUGCGAGGAGCGAGAAAUAUACCAUCGCUUUCCCUUUGACUCUAGGUAUUUUUUCAUUAGACCCUUAAAGGCUUCACUGUCAAAUGAACCAAUUAUUUUUCCACAGUUGAUCAUAAGACUGGGAAAAAUCCUCCCCAUGGAAAGUUUGAAUAUCUUGGUCUGUGAUCAAGAAAUGCUUUUCUUUAAAAUCAUUCACUGCAACUCAUGACAACAUGUUUCUAUGAACAUGGUUCCUAUACUUAGAUUUCAUAGAAGGCAAAAUUUCCUAAAAAGAUGGGGACCAAAAUUAAAUUAUCAACUAAAUUUUGUCAAGAAAGAACAUUUUAAAAACUGAAAACUAAUGAUCUCAUAAAAGGUAGUUUUAAUACCCCAAAAGUAAGGAGGUUAUACUCUCAAAGUUUUUUCUCCCAUUUUAAGUUGUCCUAAGAGCUGUGCCCAAAUAUAUUUCCACCUAUGCAAAUUUUUAAGAAGCCUCAGGCUGGUAGCAAGUUGUUUUAGUAACUACUGUACAUAAGCAUUAUAAUCAAUUGCCAUCACUUCCUUUUGUAAAUUCACAGAAAUCUGCCAUGUCUGUCUU